GCAAAUUGUUGUAUUUAUUCUAAAUUGAAAGUGCCCCUCAAGUGCUCAAGUGAACCAAACUCGAAAAUGUUGCAACAUCAUCAUCAGCAGCAAGCACAGGUGCCACAAUCCGGCGGCUAUUACGACUACAAUCAGUCGCCUAGUCCUGGCAGUCUGACCAAUGCGGAUGCCCUGAACACCACCCCAUUUUCAGUCAAGGAUAUAUUGAAUAUGGUUAAUCAAACGGAGGCAUACGAAGGCGCCUAUGGACAUCUUGACAGUGCCGCUGCAGCUUCGGCGCUCUAUGGCGCCGGCGAGUACCAGCAGCAUCUUCACCAGCAUCCGCAUCAGUACCAGCACCAGCAACAGGAGGUCGUGUCACCGGCAUCGCAGCAGCAACUGCAUCAUCAUCUGGUCGAGCAUCAGGAGGAUGCAACUACAGCGUCGUCGCUGUCGCCACUGCUGCCGCCCCCGCCCCACGGCCACCAUCAGUUGUACGGCGGCUAUCAGGACUACGGCAUGCCCGCCCACAUGUUCCAGCAUCACCAUGGACAUCCGCACCAGAGCUUCCAGCCGGCUGCCUCGGCCUACAACAUGUCCGCCACGCAGUUCUACGCCGGAGCCACAGCCUCCUCGUAUCAAAGUCCCGCCACAUACAACUACAACUAUGCCGGAGCCGUGGAUGCGUAUCCGCAGCCACCGUCAGCCGUCAGCAUCAAGAGCGAGUACAUACCCACUCCGUAUGUGACGCCCUCACCCACCCUGGACCUGAACAGCUCCGCCGAGGUGGAGAGCCUUGCGCCGGCGCAGAAACUAUGCGGCAAUCCGCUCUCCCAGAGACUCCUGGAGACGGUCAGCAACUCGGCCUCGCUGCGUAGCAUUCACAGCACGGAUGAGGGCCCCAAGAGAAAGGACAACAGCCAGGUGACCUCUUCGCGUUCCGAGCUGCGCAAGAACAGCAUCAGUGGCAGUGGGAAUCACAGCAGCAUUAACAGCAAUGGAUCCACCAAGCCACGCAUGAAACGCAAGCCACGGGUGCUCUUCUCCCAGGCACAGGUGCUGGAGUUGGAGUGCCGUUUUCGGCUGAAGAAGUAUCUGACGGGAUCUGAGCGUGAGAUAAUUGCCCAAAAGCUGAAUCUGUCGGCCACGCAGGUGAAGAUCUGGUUCCAAAAUCGUCGCUACAAGUCGAAGCGGGGCGACAUCGAUUGCGAGGGCAUUGCCAAGCAUCUCAAGCUCAAGGCGGAGCCACUGCACUCACCCACAUCGCUACCACCUCCCAUGCCCAGUCACAUGAUGUGGCCACCCACAGUCCAGCACUCCCAGCAGCAACAUCAGCAACAGCAACAGCAGCAGCAGCAGCUGCAACAUCUGCAAUAGCCUUUCGAGGGACAGGCAGAUAUUCGAGUUGGAGUUUUUAAUUUAUUGCAAUUUAACGCAGAAUCUAUGUUGUAGCCUAAAGAAAAUGCCU